AUGCAGGGGACGAAAUUCCUUUUACGAAACGGCUACCUGGGAGGCAGGACUAAGGAAGAUGCUGAUGUCCCAGUCAUUAUCAAUGUCAGCUCGCUGCUGGGCCUGCAAGGUGGUUACGGGGCUGUUGCAUACGCAGCAUCGAAAGCGGGAGUAUUGGGUUUCACUCGCGCUCUGGCUACUGAGUAUGCUAGUCACAAAGUCCGCGUCAAUGCCAUUGUGCCUGGAUACGUGGAAACGGAUAUGACAAAAGACUUGAAUGCCUCUGAGCUUCAACAACGUAUACCGUUAAAUCGUUUUGGCAAACCGGAUGAAAUUGCUCACGCAGCACUGUUUCUCGCUGAAAACAAAUAUGCACACAAUUGUGUAUUGAAUCUAGAUGGUGGCUUAUCUGCCGUCUAA